GCGCCGCGUGGGGGUCCCGGUGCGCAUGCGCCCGGCGGGGGAGGGCGGCGAGGCGGGGACCGGGGCCGGUUCCGCUCGGAAGCCCCUGGAGGCGGCUCCUGCUCUGGGCUCCUGCAGCCUUGCGAGGGGCGGUUGUCUCUGCUUUCUCCAGUGAAAGAGCGAAGAUGCAGCCCUCGGCCGGAGCUGGCUGCUCACGUCUGCCUUCAUGAGUGGGGCCUUCGGAGCCAUCCCCGUCUUGUUGAGGCAACCGUCGGGAUACGGCCUGUCCCGCAUCACCGCGAGCUUGUACCUGGGCAAUGGCACCGCUGCCAAUAACAAGCUCCUGCUCUUCGCCAAUCAGAUCAGCACCGUCAUCAACGUGUCUGUGGAGGUGGCAAACACUUUCCACCCGCACAUUCAGUACCUGCACGCCCCGAUCGCCGACAGCCCCGCUUUCCGUAUCUGUGAUUACUUUGACCCCGUGGCGGACAGGAUCCACGCUGUGGACGUGCAGCAAGGCCGAACGCUGCUGCACUGCGCUGCGGGGAUCAGCAGGUCGGCCACCCUGUGCCUGGCCUAUCUGAUGAAGUACCGCUCCAUGUCUCUGGUGAAUGCCCACGCCUGGGUCAAGUCUUGCCGCCCCGUUAUCAGACCCAACUAUGGGUUCUGGGAACAGCUCAUCCAGUACGAGUAUAAACUGUUUGGUACAAACACAGUCCGCAUGAUCAGCUCUCCGCUGGGAAUGAUCCCCGAUCUCUAUGCGGACGAAGUGAGGAUAACUAUAGCUUUCUGACCGUAGCUGGCUUUACAACAUCUGGUCAAGGAGCCCCGAAGGAAAACUAAUCAUCGACGUCUAGAUCAUGCUUGGAACUUGGAAAAUAAACUCAUUAGACCAGCAAGGGCUGCAGCCUAGAGCUCCCUGCUGCUGCUAAAAAUAGAGGAGAUUAGCUGAUAAGGAGUAGGCUUUGAGUUUUUAAUAUAAAUAAAACCAACAAAAU